AAACCACUGCUUUAUGAUCCACGUAAAAAGUAAUGCCCCCUGAGAUCCUGCCGUUGUGAUAUAGCGUGGCCUCAUUUUUAAACAAUGGUUUGGGUCGUCAUUGACCAAUCUUUUUCUUUCUAAAUUUAAAUGAAGAUGCCAAAAGAGAUAAGUUAACCCCAUUACAAAUACACACAUUCAUAUGAUCAGCAAGUCUCAAGCACCCAACAAGUCCUCCCUUCUCUCCAUCACUUUUUGCAGCUUCAUUACAUCUUACAACAACAUCCACUUAUGUCCCAUCCCGAAACAACCUUUUUUUUAUGGUUAUACUCACAAUUCACUAACAUAGGACUACAACAAAAGCUCUUCUUUCUUCUUUUAUAAAACAAAAGCAAAUGAGGUGUAAGAAGCACCUUGCCGACCUAAGUAGCAGCGCCGGCGUGUGUGCGACAUGUCUACGAGAACGUCUUCUGGCGCUCAUGGCUGCGCAGACCCGAGACCAACAGGCUCAAUUAACGCGCGUUGCUGAGAACUGUCGGAAACCUAAUCCGCCCCCGCUGGUUUUCCCUCGCUCUGUUUCUCCUUAUGUCAGCCGACGGAAAUCCGACGAAAACAGUGCCUCGGGGAUCCACCACCAGCGGUUUUUCAGCACUCCUCAGAUGGGCCCCACCUACAGUACCAUAACCACCGCCGAUUUUGAAGCCGCCAAAUCUUUCAAAAAGAAGAGCAAGUUCUCGAUGUUUUCGAAUCUGUUCAGGCCGAGAUCCGAUAAGUUCAAUUCGGGUGCUGGGACUCAGUUUCAUCGGGACUUGUGCGAUGGGUCGUCCUCGUCUUGGUUCUCAGCAAUCUUUGCCUUUCAUCGAAAGCAGCACAAAUCUUCGAGGACUCAUGCAGAAGAUUUUGGCCAAUUUGAUCCUGGCUGUCGAAAAUCAUGCCGGGUCGUAAAUCGUGGAAUGUCGCCAGCGAUUGAAGUGGAUUCAGGAGAAGAGUGUGAUCAAUCGCCAUCGGUAAGCACGCUAGAAGCUUCCCCCCAGUGGAAGAGGACGCCAACGGCGGCGAGGUGGGGGAAGACACGAACAAGGAACGUGUCGGGAUUAGCAUUUUGCUUGAGUCCGCUCGUGAGGGCGAGUCCUAACCGACAGUGGAACCAAAAGGGUGGAUUGCCACCUGACAAGUCGUUUGCAGGCGAAGGUAGGCCGCAGAUGAAGCCCCACCUGGCAACCGCCGCGGGGUUUUGUGCAAAUAGGUCCAGGAAGCUUGCUGAUUUUGGCCGAGUCAGCUAUAACCACUGAGUCGAUAAACUGUUGAUACAUGACCAGACACACUUGUGAUUUAGAGUGAAGCUACUUGCAAAUGACAUAUCAAACUACGAUUAUGCCAUUGCUUUUGUGCAAUUUUUACUUUGUGAUUCCUAAAUUAUUAUUGUAUUUCUUUUUGAGAAGAAAGAAAAAAGAGAUACAAAAUUUGUUAGUUCCUGCAUUUAGUGUUUUCUAAAACAAUUAUUUUAUAGAAUAUGAUAUUUAUGGGACUAGUUUUUUUUUAAUGAAAA